AGACUUCCUCACAAGAGAUAGUUUUGUAGGCCUAUUUCAAAAUGUGUCGAAGAAAUAUAUUGUUGGGUGAAAUACUUUGACUUCUUUCAGGGCCUAUUUGUCAUGUGAUGCUAUACUAGUCAGGCUGGAACUUGGUGUCUUAUUGCCAUAGUCUUAAGAUCUCUGCCUUAACAUAAAUGCUGGUCAGUUGUGCCUGAAUUCCAUAGGGAGAGGCGUGUAAUGACACAUGUCUGACCCACCCUUCCCAUCCUGGCCUGCACUACUUUUUCAGGCUAACUUUGGAGUAGCUUUGGCCAAGAGGGUCCAUUCAGAUGAUUGGGAAGUGGGGCUUAGAAUUUUAUUUUUAGUUUACAAAAGUGACGGGGGCUGUGUUAAAAGGAAAAAAAUAUACAGAUCAUGGUACAGGGACUGGGAAUAGGGGGAGGAACUGGGUGGGCUGUAGGUUAAUUAUAACACAGAGUGACCAGGGUAGGCUGGGUUGAGAAGGUGACAGUUUGACAGAGAUGUGAAGGGGGAGGAGUCAGUCAAGUAGAUAUCUGUGGUGAAGGCCUUCCAGACAGAAGGAACAGUUGGAAAAAAGUCAGAGGCUGAGUCGGUCCGACACAGCACAGAUGCCACAAGGACACCUGCGCACCGGCAGGAAGCUGAACAGAAGGCUGGAGGUGCCACGGUGACAGGGACUUGAUCCUGUUGGGCCAGGUGAAAGAUGUAACAGUCACUCGGCCUACACCCACAGUAUCGACCUUGUGAACCCAGCGACUUGACUGCCUUGGGUGAGUCUAGUCUGGGUUCUGCCCGCACACAUUCCUCGCUACCUUCUUCGUGUCUGAGAACCUCCAGCUUCACCUCCUUUUCUGGACCCAAGGGCCUGGCAGGGCUUCCAGCUGGGACCAGACCUCCAUGGAUCCACUCCAGAAACGGAAUCCAGCAUCACCUUCCAAAUCUUCCCUGAUGACAGCUGCAGAGACUUCCCAGGAAGAUCCAGCGUCCUCUCAGCCUUCUCACUCAGAACAGCCGAUGAUGGGCCUCAGUAACCUGAGCCCCGAUCCUGGCCCCAGCCAGGCUGUGCCUCUCCCAGAGGGGCUGCUCCACCAGCGGUACAGAGAGGAGAAGACGCUGGAAGAGCGGCAGUGGGAGAGGCUGGAGUUCCUUCAGAGGAAGAAAGCGUUCCUGCGGCACGUGAGGAGGAGACACCGCGAUCACAUGGCCCCCUAUGCUGUUGGGAGGGAAGCCAGAGUCUCCCCGUUAGGUGACCGAGGUCAGAAUCGAUUCCGAUGUGAAUGUCGAUACUGCCAGAGCCACAGGCCAAAUCUUUCUGGGAUCCCUGGGGAGAGUAACAGGGCCCCACAACCCUCCUCCUGGGAGACGCUGGUGCAGGGCCUCAGUGGCUUGACCCUCAGCCUAGGCACCAACCAGCCCGGGCCUCUGCCCGAAGCAGCACUCCAACCACAGGAGACAGAGGAGAAGCGCCAGCGAGAGAGGCAGCAGGAGAGCAAAAUAAUGUUUCAGAGGCUGCUGAAGCAGUGGUUAGAGGAAAACUGAGACGUGCACCCACAUGGGAUGGAGACCCAAAGGGACUGCCGUGUUGGCAGCGCCUGGGUGUGGGCCCAUUUUGGGGACCAGACACCAAGCUGUGGUUGGGAUGAGCGCCAGGACCUGUGUGCCGGGACACGUGGGAAUCCUCCCAGCAUGAUGCUUGACCGACCCCAGGAAGGUCCUCAUCUUUCGUGCCUGUCAUUCUCGGAUGGCUGUGAGGCAUUCCUUGGCAAGGGACGCUGCAUACCAGCGGUCCUCGCCGCAUCUCACGUGGCUCCCGUGAUGCAUGUUGUUGCUUUCCCACCCGGGAUCUCCAUCUCUCUUCCCUUCCUGCUGUCAGUAAGAGAUCACAUGUCUGUGUAGUGUGAAUGCCUUGUCGCUGUCCUGUGCUUUUGCACCAUUGAGUUGACUGCCUCUGAGAAGCAGCACUAGGCCUGUUGAAAUGCAAUGUGCUGCCCUGAGAUCGUUUCAAGAAUGGGCAGCUAAACGCAGUGUGGGAAAGGGAUGUGGAAUGAGAACUUGGCUGGUUCACCGCUGUACUGUUUGUGUAAUCAUUUAUGUAUGUGGUAAGCUACAUGUAUGUAAAUAUUGCAAUACCCCUAACAGCCGAGUAGUAUUCUCCCUUGCAGGAAUUUCUGAUGGGGUUCUUCAUCAUCAGUACCAAAUAAAUAUAUGUAGGAAUGGAAAA